AUGUCUGGCGCUGAAGCUGCCCUCUUAGGAGUGGGCAUUCUCUGCAACGCGAUGCAAAUCCUCACCUUUGCCAAGGACUCCAUCCACGUGUAUCGCAACAUCCGCGAUGGCCGAGCUCCUGACCCAAAUUUGGACUCAUAUCUCAAGAACGCCAAGGCCUCUUUCGAUGAGAUGAAUCAAACUGCCGCGCAAAUGGGGCCACUGAGUAAGGAGCAGCAGAAAAUUGUUGAUGUUGGCAAAAAGGUGCAUGACUGCUUGGACGAGCUGCAACAGCAGUUUGCCAAGCUACAUGUCGACGAAGGUUCGAAAAAAGGCAUUCGUGGCAAAAUUUCUGCAUUAAAGAAAAGCGCUUUAGCGAUAUGGCGAGGAAAGGAACUUCAAGAUGCCGAGGAGAACCUACAGCGAUAUGAACAACUCCUACAUGGUCUCCUCCUGGAUCACCUGUGCAGUCAAUCUCAAGCUGCUGAGAUCGCCUCCUUGGGAUCCUUUCAGCAUUUGCAGGCAACUUUGCAAAACAUCAUCUCACAACUGGCACACGGCUCUACGAGCGUUUCAGACCUAAUCCUAGGUGUCUUUACAAUUAUUAACAAUCGGGUCGCAGAUGAGCACGCUACGACAAGAAGUGUGGUUGAAAAUCGUGCAACUUCGGCGGAGAACAAAGUCUGCCAGAGUGUGUCUCAGUCGAUCGAUCAAAUUCGUCAAGAGCUGCUGGAUCGCGAGCAGGAUAAGGCUUUUGAGAAACAGUAUGAGCAACUUCUGUCGAGUUUGCGGUUCCCAGAAAUGAACAGUCGGAAGAACAAGAUAUCGGAUAACUAUCCUGGGACUUUCAAGUGGAUCUUCGAUCGAAAUGGCGAGCUGCAGUCGGAUUGUAGCUCGUCAUCUAAAUCUAAUCAGUCAGAUACGGACAGUGAGCUAUCCAAAGAUACCCAGGAUAGUGAUACCGAGAGCACAGACGAGCCAGCCUUUGACAGUUUCCCGGAGUGGUUGGAAUCAGACUCGAAUGUCUUCUGGGUCAGUGGGAAGCCAGCCUCAGGUAAAAGCUCUCUGAUGAAGUUCCUUGCUUUCAGCCGUCCAACAGUCAAGCAUCUGAAAGUCUGGCACUCUGACGUCCAGAUACUAACACACUUCUUCUGGAAACCCGGACAAACAAUGCAACGUAACGUCGAAGGAAUGGUUUUAUCACUCCUCCAUCAAGUCCUGGACGGCAGACCUGGUCUUUGUCGAAGGUUGUGUGAGGCGCAAUCCUCUGUCCGGCACAAAAGAAGUUAUCCAGAUUGGAGCCUUGAAGAACUGUCAGCCUCCCUCAUCUUGGCAGUACAAGCCUCUUCAGAAGGAUUCUGCAUCUUCCUCGAUGGUCUCGAUGAGGCUGAGGAGCUACAGAAUCUGCCUUGGCCAGAGUGGACAAGCACCGAAGUCAUCCACAAGCUGCUGAAAGUCGAUAAUAUCAAGCUAUGUGCAUCCAGCCGAGAAGAGGGUUCAUUUUGCUCCUUUUUCAAAGACUCUUUUCGAUUAAGGAUUCACCAGUUGAAUGAUCGCGACAUUAGGCUUUUCGUCAGGGAACGGCUUGAUAUCGGUGGAAAUGAUCUUCUAUACGAGAUUGUUAGAAAGGCUGAGGGCGUGUUCCUGUGGGCUGCCCUUGUAGUAGACCGAUUGAACCGGUCCAUCCGACGAGGCAAUGCAACCAUCGAAAUGCUUCAAGAGCGAAUUAAUCAAACUCCCUCGGACCUCACUACGCUAUACACUGACAUGUGGGGAAGAAUUGGAGAUGACGCCCAAUUACGCAGCAUUCGAGUGACCGCUUCGCUCUACUUCAAUCUCGUUAUUGCAGCUCGUGAAGUCCAUGAUAGGUUAUCGCUAGGCAGCACUUUCUGGAAUGCAGAUACCGCAAGAAUGUCCUCACUAGUGAUCAUGGCAACAGCUGCCCAAGAUAAGUCAAUGGAAGCUAUAUUGAACGCAGGUCGCCUCAUCACAAGUGAGGAGCUUCUCGAUAGGUGUUCAAAAGCUGAGAAUGAACUACAAUGGGCAUGCCGAGGCCUUCUUCAAGUGAUCACGACUCCCAAUAAAUUCGGUCGUGAUUUUAUUGGAGAUAAGCAUUUGCUGGAAUACAACUCGACAAAAGUCGGUUUUAUUCAUAGGACUGCCUUUGACUUUGUCAUGGACACAGAGCCCGGUCGUGAGUGCCUUAACUUCUUUGGCUCUUCGAGAAAGCGAGGUUCAUUUACCUCAGAGAAAGCUACCACACUAAGCCGAUGA